AUGUCAUCUGCUACACCUCCUGGGGGUGUUCAUGCCAGCAUCCCGGGCAUGAGAGGUCAGCAAGGGCAGCCCACUGUGGCCUUCAGCCCUGAGCAGAUGGGAGGCUUAUUGGGUUCCGCAGUAGAAGGGCUUGGUGGUUUAGAAGCAGUGACGACCGAUGCAGGCCUCGAGGCAGCCGCUCUCGCCGCCUUCGCCCAACUCAGUAACCCCACCCAAGGCCAAUCCCCUCUCCCCAAUGAAAUGUUGGGUGAAUCUUCGCAGGGCUCCCUGUCGAAGAAACGCGGGAGGCCGAAGGGAGCCAAGAAUGGGUCAGGCAAGGGCCGGCAGAGUAAGGGUGUUGGUGCUGGCAAGAAGGCAUGUUCCGAAUGCGGCACUAUAAAUCCAUGUCGUCAAAUGCAGUGCACAGAAUGCGGCCAUGAAAUGACCCCCAAGGGGACGACCAAAAAAAGACGCGAAGGCUCCGUGCCGACUGUCAUAGGCGGUCUACCAAUAAGCCCUCUGACAGUAGUCCCUCCGAUCGGAUCGGAGCCUGUCAGCACGCUAGCGAUCAGAGGUCAGGAGCUGCCACCACCGGGUUACAGAGCCUGUGAUGCAUGCAGCGCUCUCCAACCCUCAGCUCGGAAGGUCUGUGCCAACUGUGGAGCUCCGAUCAUCCCCAAAUCUAUGACCUCUCGGUUUUGGACCGCACUCAGAAGCGCGCGUCCCAAACUUGAUAUCACAACGGAAGAUAUCGCGAGUGCAGCAACGAAGGCAGUUCACAGUGCCGAGCCCCUCGAAGUUGUGUUCGAGCAUGUGCCUGACCCUGCCGCCCCCGACACAGCUCAGGUAAGGGAGGAUGUUAAGAUCCUCCUUUCGGAUGUGACUCUUCAGGACGAUCGCAAGAACUGA